AGUGAAAUUAAACUGCUCUCCUGCCUGGGAUAAGCCAUGGCUGCUGCUGCAAAGGCAAGGCAAAGCCUCCAGGAUGAAGCUUCUUGUUCCAUCUGCCUGGAAUAUUUUAAUGAUCCCGUGACUAUAGAUUGUGGGCACAAUUUCUGCCGAGCCUGCAUCACCCAGUGCUGGGAGGGAUCUGAUAAAGACAUCUCCUGUCCACAGUGCAGAGCGACCUUUCCCCAGAGGAACCUCAGGCCGAACUGGCAGCUGGCCAACGUGGUAGAAAUAGCCAAGCAGCUACAUUUGCAAUUGACAAAAGAUGCCAGAGCCGGGAGAGAGUGUGAGAAACACCAGGAGGCUCUGAAACUCUUCUGUCAAGAGGAUCAGUCCCCCAUCUGCGUGGUGUGCGACAGGUCCAAGGAGCACAGGGCUCACACGGUGGUUCCUGCAGAGGAGGCCGCCCAGGAGUACAAGGGACAAAUUAGGAGUCGUUUGGAGAUGUUGAAGAAGGAGAUGGAAGGCAUUGCUGCACUGAAAUUGAAUGGGGAAAUAACAAGCGAGGAGCUGCUGCAACAGACGGAGAGCGAGAGGAAAAAGAUUCUGUCAGAAUUUGAGAAACUCCAUAUGUUUCUAGAGGAGAAAGAAUUGCUCCUAUUGGCCCAGCUGGAAGUGCUGGACAAGGAGAUAUUGAAGAGGCAGGAUGAAUUCACCACCAGGCUCACCCAGGAGAUAUCUCGUCUCGGGACCCUGAUCAGUGAGAUGGAAGGGAAAUGCAGGCAGCCAGCAAGUGAAUUCCUGCAGGACAUCAGAAGCACCUUGAGCAGAUAUGAGACGGGGAAGUUUCAGAGUCCACCAUCCCUUCCUCUGGAACUGAAAAGGAGAGUCAAGGACUUCUCUCAGAAGCACACAUUUCUGGAGCAUGCUCUGAGUAAAUUUAAAGAGACUCUGUCAUCUGAACCAAAGCUGGACAAAGUGAUUCUAUCUGGAAGGCAGUUGGACAAAGCAAAUGUCACUCUGGAUCCAGACACGGCUCAUCCUCAUCUCAUCCUGUCCGAGGAUGGGAAAAGCGUGAGAUGGGGACCUGCACGGCAGGACGUGCCUGACAACUUCAGAAGAUUUGAUCCCGUUCCCUGUGUGCUGGGCUGUGAGGGCUUCACCUCGGGGAGACAUUGCUGGGAAGUGGAGGUGGAUGGGAGCAGUUGGGCCGUGGGGGUGGCCAGAGAGUCUGUGAGGAGAAAGGGAGGGGUUAGCUUGGAGCCAGAGGAGGGGAUCUGGGCUGUGGGGCAGCUGAACCCAAUUCAGUACGUGGCUCUUACUUCUCCUUGGACAAGCCUGCCACCGGAUAGGAGACCCAGGAAGAUCAGGGUCGCCCUGGACUACAAAGGGAGGCAGGUGGCAUUUUUCAAUGCUGAGAACAACACUGAGAUCUUCACUUUCCUAGCAGUCGCUUUUGCUGGGAGAAUCUUCCCGUUCUGCUGGGUGGCAGACAAAAGCUCCCAGGUCAGAAUUGCUUAUAGGUUCAGUGAUCAUGGUUGGAGAGAGGACAUUUGCUGCGCCUGCAUUAGCCAGUGCUUGGAAGAAUCACCUAGAAACAUCUCUCCUCUGUGCAGAGAAAACCAGGGGAGUAUUGUAGAACUGGGCAGACCAUUCAUUCUGCAACUGGCCAAAGAUCCAGAAGCAGAGUGGGUGUGUGAGAAACACCAGGAGGAAUUUGCUUUGUUGUCUGAAGAGGGGCCACAGACUCACCUUUGCGAUCUGCACGGCGCACCAAGAAACCAUGUCACAGCUUCCACAGAGACAGCCGCUGAGCAGUGCAAGGAUGCCAGAGACAUAUUGAGCAGGCGUGAAGAGGGGAAGGUGCGGGCUGCAAUGGCUCUUUCUCCUGAACCGAGGCAGAGGACGCCGGAGUUCUCCCUCAACCCCCAAACUCUGAAGGAAUUCAAAGUGAACGUGACUCUGGAUCCGGACACAGCAGGUCCUGAACUCAUCCUCUCUGAGGACCUGAAAGGUGCCAGAUGGGGAAAACCAAGUCAGAAGAUGCCUGACCGUCUGGAGAGAUUUGACACUGAUCCCUGUGUGCUGGGCUAUGAGGGAUUCACCUCGGGGAGACACUACUGGGAGGUGGAGGUGGAUGGGAUGUUCUGGACUGUGGGUGUGGCCAGAGAGUCUGUGAGGAGGAAGGGACAUAUUCUCUUUCGACCCAACACGGGAGUCUUGGGUUUGCAGAAAUAUCAUCACCUCUGCAUGGCACUCACCAGCCCUUCGAAUACCUAUGUGUCCCUCAAAAAUAACAACAAUGAGAUCGGUAUCUAUCUGGACUAUGAACUGGGGCAAGUGUCAUUUUAUGACCUCAGCAACGAGGAGCUGCUCUUCACUUUCCCACCGGUCUCUUUCAACGGGGAGAGAGUUUUCCCUUACUUUUGCGUAUUUUUGUCCCACAUAAAACUGUCCCCCAGAGGGUGAUGCAUGGCUGUGAUCCCCAGAAACUUCAGAGACUGCUAUAUUCAGAUGGGCUGGACAACAUGGGCCCAUAGUAUAUUGACAGGCCUAUGGAUCAAUAUGUGAAUUACAGGUAAUUGUAUGUUCCCGGCUCAUUGGGUGGAUUUUCUGGGGAAUCUGGGCAAAUCAAUGCAAAUUCCUAUGGUUGAUUACACAGAUUCCCAGCCUUUAAGGCUUUGCCCCUUGGGGACAGGGACACCAGUUGAUUUUACCUGCUUCAGGAGCUUGGGAACAAAUUUUGGGGUCUAAAGGGUGAGUUUAAACAGACUCUCUCAUUUUGAGCCAACAAACUGACAUGAACUUUUAAUCGAUAGGUCAAACCCUGUGAAGGAGUGGAAGGACUAGAACCUGCCAGGGUCUCCAUAGGACUCGUGGGGGACCUCUGGGAAGCAGAAGUCUGCCUUUCCAUUUGUUAUUGUUUUAUUGAUCUAUUUUCUCUGUAAGGCUUUUGCCCUGAAAUAAAUGCUCUGUGCAAACUGCCUAAUCCCUGGUGCCCUGCUGUUAGCCCUUUGCAGAGAGAGCGCAAAACUGCGGUGCUGAGAUAGGUCAGACGCCGAUCUUUUCUCUGCCAUGCAAUGUGCAAUAUAAAGGGAAAACACACACGAAACAUUGGUGAGAUGUGAAAGAUUUGAAUAAAAUAUGCCCAGCGUCCAUCACAUCACAAGCUUUUCCAGGUGGGGAAUUGUUUGUUUGGGAUUUGUUUUUUCAAGCUAUUUAUUGCAUUUCUUUGUGUAACUGACUUUUCCCUGUUACUCAGUAUCUGGUAGGAAGAGCUUUGAUUUUGCAAUAAAUAUUUGUUCCUAUUUUUCA